AUGAGGGAGCCCGAAAUAAAUAGGAACCCUAUCCAUAGGGUCAAUAGAGUUGAUAAUGGGUCUGAUAUCCUUAGGCAUCCAGAGGCCUUAGAGAUGAACCAAGGGUCCAACCAGACUAUGAGCUGUAACAGUGAGCCCAGAACCUAUCCAUGUACCAUUUGUGGUGAUCAAAGUCAUAUUGGACCCCAUUGUCCUUUGUUUUAUCCCAAUGAAACUACCCGUGACCAGGUUAGUGUCCUACAUGGUGGUAUGGACUCCAAAUAUGAGGGUCGACCCAAGUUUGACCCAUACUCUAAUACCUAUAACCCUGGUUGGAGACAUAACCCGAAUUUCUCGUGGUCUAAAGGUAACCAUCAAGGUGGCCCAUCUAGCAACCCACCACCAGGUUUUUCUACGAACCAAGCUCAAAUCCAAGAACCGAGCCAAGUUGAUAAAAAGGUGUCAUCUCUAGAGGAAAGUAUAAGACUCUUAAUUGAGGGUAAUUCCCUAAACAAUUCUCAAACUACACAAAAUAUCAACAAUUUAAGUCAGAAGCUUGAUGACUUUGUCCUGGAGAGUCAACGGUACCAACAAAAUAGUGACCGAGAAAUUAGCAACUUAGAGACUCAGAUAAGUCAACUUUCAAGCAGGCUAAAUGAUAAGGAGGAAGGGAUAUUUCCUAGCCAACCAACUCUGAACCCAAAAGGAGUUAACCAGGUUAAUGGGUCAGGUAGUUCUAACCACAACGAACAUCUCAAAGAAGUUAUCAUCCUUAGGAGUGGUAAAACUCUAGAGAAUUCGUUAGAACCACCUAAUGAUAGUAGUCCAGCUGAAAAAGAGACUGAAGUUGACCAAACUUCAUCUAAAGACCCUAAUGGUCCUGAGAAUUCUAAGAGUCCAAGUGAGGAAGCUACCCCUGAGAGAGUGUACAUACCACCUGCAUCAUUUCCUCAGAGACUCGCUAAGAAAAAGCCCAGUACAUAUGCUGAAAUCCUAGACAUCUUUAAUCAAGUUAAGAUCAACCUUCCCUUGUUAGAUGCAAUUAAACAUGUACCGGCUAUGGCCAAGUUCUUAAAAGAGAUGUGCACCGCCAAGAGAGACGCUAGUGUCCAUAAAAAGGCAUUUUUGACCCAACAAGUUAGUUCCGUAAUCUCACAAAAGUACCCAGUCAAAUUUAAAGAUCCUGGUUGUCCUACUGUCACAUGUGUCAUGGGUAAACAAACCAUAGACAAUGCUCUAUUAGAUCUUGGGGCUAGUGUGAAUCUUUUACCGUUCUCGGUAUAUGAACAACUUAGACUGGGUGAGAUGAAACCAACUAGGAUAACACUACAGUUAGAUGAUUGGUCAGUCAAAAUCCCACGUGGAAUUAUUGAAGACGUUUUGGAUCAGAUAGAAAACUAUAUCUAUCCAGUUGACUUUGUGAUUUUAGACACUCAACCUAUCUCUAGUCAAGAUAUCAAUAUCCCAAUCAUCCUAGGUCGUCCGUUUCUAUCCACUGCAAAUGCAGUCAUACAUUGUCAAACUGGCCUAGUAGAAUUUUCCUUUGGGAAUCAGAAAAUCUAG